AUUUCUAGUAGCAAGCCAGAGUUGUUGCAAACAAUAAUGGCCGAAAUUGCACCAAAGGCAUUGAAAACUUUGCCCACUUUACUUCCAGGACUCCAUAAUUUUGAAGAGGAAAGAGGUUGAAAGCAAAGGAUAUCUGUACCAUCAUGAAUCAAUACCAAUAGAAUGAUGGUGAUGAAAGUGAAAGUGAGGAUGGUAGAGACUCCAAGCCAACUUCUCAUUGCAGACAUUGUUGGAAUAACAAGUGCAAAUAUGAAGUAGGCUGCUCCGGUGAUGAUGAUGAAAUAUUGGAGCCUCAAAGCCUGCCAAAGUAUAGAAACCUAAAAAGUCAAAACAUGUGGAUGACCCUCAAAGCCACGUCAGCUGGGCCUCACACGGCUUAAAUCCAAUCGGAACUCUCCAGAAUCCUGGCGGAUGUGUUGCUGACAUGGCUCCAUAACUGUACGAUUGAGCUGGAACUGCAUGGGAAACAACAGGACCCGGCAGUUGAAGUCUCCAAUACUCCAACGACUAAUCGCCCUCAAUUGCACCUUUUUCUCGGAUAAACAUCAUCAACUAGUCUGUCCAAGUCAUAUAUUGUAUGUUUUUUUAUUUGAAAAACACGUGUGUGUAUAUAAUAUGCUAUAUAUAGACAGUGGGUGGGUCGAUCACAAUUCUCAAUCUCUUCCGUAGUUUCUAUAUAUAUUCACCCAUUUACCAAAGCAAACUCUUGAGUGCUGGUGUUUCUGGAGCUGAAAAUGACGAUCACAGCCACGCCGAGUGUCAAGGACGGAUGUCUUCUGGUGAGGGGCAAGGUGGUGUCGACAGGGGUGCCGGAGAACGUCGUCGUUUCUCCGGUUGGCUCCGAGGCGGCUUUCAUUGGUGCAACCUCAACCACUCCAAGUUCACGUCAUGUUUUUAGUCUUGGUGUUCUUGGGGAAGGAUACAAGUUCUUGUCUCUCUUCAGAGUAAAAAUCUGGUGGAUGAUUCCAUGUGUUGGGAAAUCGGGUAGUGAAAUUCCCAUCGAAACGCAAAUGCUUCUUUUGGAAGCAAGAGAAGAGUCUGUCCUGCUUGAUGGAACUUCUUCUGGUCCAAAUACUGAAGACACCUUCUACGUCCUCUUCUUGCCUGUGUUGGAUGGACAAUUUAGGACAAGUUUGCAGGGGACUCCCAUAAAUGAGCUCAAGUUUUGCGUUGAAAGUGGAGAUGUCAAUGUUCAAUCCUCCCAAUCACUGGAAGCAGUAUUCAUAAACUCUGGGGAUAACCCGUUUGAGCUCAUUAAGAAUUCUAUCAAGAUACUAGAGAAGCACAAAGGUACUUUUAGCCACAUUGAAAACAAGAAGAUACCAGCCCAUUUAGACUGGUUCGGAUGGUGCACUUGGGAUGCUUUCUACACUGAAGUAAAUCCACAAGGGAUCGAAGAGGGUCUUCAGAGUUUCAUGGAAGGAGGAUGUUCACCCAAAUUUCUGAUAAUUGAUGAUGGAUGGCAAGAGACGGUAAAUGAGUUCCAGAAAGAAGGUGAACCAGUAAUUGAAGGGAUACAGUUUGCAACCAGAUUGGUAGACAUCAAAGAAAACAAUAAGUUCAAGAGUUCAGGUUCAGAUAAUUCAUGCAUUCAUCUCCAUGAUUUUGUUGAUGUCAUCAAAGACAAAUAUGGAUUAAAGUUUGUUUACGUCUGGCAUGCUUUGGCUGGUUAUUGGGGUGGCCUGUUGCCAUCAUCAGAAAUAAUGAACAAGUACAACCCAAAGAUUGCCUAUCCAAUCCAGUCACCUGGUAACACAGGGAACCUUAGAGACAUUGUCAUGGACAUCUUGGAAAAAUACGGAGUUGGGAUUAUAGACCCCCAAAAAAUCUUUGAGUUUUAUAACGAUCUCCACAGCUAUCUUGCAAGCAGUGGUGUGGAUGGAGUCAAGGUGGAUGUUCAGAAUUUGAUAGAAACAUUGGGUUCUGGGUACGGUGGACGUGUAUCAUUGACAAGAUGCUAUCAAGAAGCACUUGAGCAAUCUAUUGCAAGGAACUUCAAGGACAAUAACCUGAUUUGCAGCAUGAGUCACAACUCAGACUCAAUCUACAGUUCAAAGAAGAGUGCGGUUGCAAGAGCAUCAGAGGAUUUCACGCCAAGAGAACCAACAUAUCAGACCUUACAUAUCACCUCUGUGGCUUUUAAUAGUCUUCUUCUAGGGGAGAUUGUGGUUCCAGAUUGGGACAUGUUCCAAAGCAAACAUGAUACGGCUGAAUUUCAUGCUGCAGCAAGAGCAUUAGGUGGGUGUGCGAUAUAUGUAAGUGACAAGCCUGGCAAUCAUGAUUUCAACAUCCUCAGAAAGCUCGUAUUGCCUGAUGGGUCAGUCUUAAGAGCAAGAUAUGCAGGGCGGCCUACCCGAGACUGCUUAUUUCAAGACCCAGUGACGGACGGAAAAAGUCUGUUGAAAAUAUGGAACUUGAAUAAGUUAUCUGGGGUCCUUGGUGUUUUUAAUUGCCAAGGAGCAGGAAGUUGGCCACUGAAAGAAGUAGCUCAAGAUAUUUCUAGUGCCACAUCUACAUCUUCCUUAAUCUCAUGUCAUGUGAGUCCCCAAGAUGUUGAAUUUCUUGAAGAGAUAGCAGAUGAAAGUUGGAAUGGAGAUUGCGCAAUAUACGCCUUCAGUUCAGGAUCUCUUUCUAAAUUGCCAAAGAAAGGAACACUUGAAGUGUCCUUGAGAACUCUAACAUGUGAAAUAUACACCAUCUCCCCAAUCACAGUUUUCAGUAAUGAUCUUCUUUUCGCUCCAAUCGGAUUGCUUGACAUGUACAACUCAGGAGGGGCAGUAGAAGCCCUGAACUGCACCAUGGAUCUCCCAGGGUGCACAAUAAAAGUCAGAGGACGAGGCUGUGGCCGGUUUGGAUCAUAUUCGAGCACCAAACCGAGACAAUGUAUGGUAGAUAUGAAAGAAGAGGAAUUCACAUACAAUGCUGAAGAUGGAUUAUUGACAGUUAAACUUCAAGGUGAAUGCAAAUUGAGGGACAUUGAGUUUGUCUAUUGAGGUAAGUGUGUCUGAGGAAUUAUACAGUUGAGUUGACGAGGGAGUUAAUACUGUUGCAUGGGAUCAACACGAUUUGGUUCAUGUGAAUUGUAAACAGUUUGAGGUAGAAAGUAUCAUGUAAACGACUUGUACUUGUAUCGCAACAUGUACAACCUUUCCUCUUAUGUUUUCUGUUUCUGUUUUCCCUUGUAUAUGAUAAUUAUAUAUAUGAUACUUCACUGUUUUGGAUUAAGCAACCAAAACAGAUUUCCUCAAA